CUAGAGUUCAACUUCUCUCUCCGAUCCCAAAGCCACCCGCGUUGUCAAGUCCCUCGAUGUUUGCGAUGCCAUCACCCUCAACCUUGACGUCGUCAAAAACUAGCAACCAGUUGGAGGAGCGCUUGUUCCCAUCGAGUCCAAAUCGCUCUUAACCUCAAAGGGCUCAAAUACGAGUACCAGCCCCUCAAUCUGUUGAAGGAAGAGUAAUCUCGUCCUGAGUUUCACUAGCUCAAUCCUGUUGAUUGUGUUCCCGUUCUAGUGGAUGGCAUCCACAUUGUUCUCUAUGACUCUUUCGCCAUUGUAUUUAUUUAAAAUACACCCUCCAAAGAAGGCCUACACCGAUAUCAUCCUGAACACAACGAAGGAGGCGAUGGCGCGUAUCAUGGUAUCGGAGCGGAAAGCCACGUGCUUUCAGCAGGAACUUAUUUCCACUAAGGAAGAGGCGCUUCGUAAGCUUCUCAGACUCAAACAAAUGUUCGAUUCUAAGAUGGCCCCUAUGCAUGUUAAUCAUGCGCGCGAAGUCCCAGAGUAUGAAAUCAAUCCUAAAGAGCUUGAUUUAACCAACAGUGUGGAGAUAAUGAAGGAACACAAUUGUUGUGAAACUUGCUUUUAUGGCCGAGAUUAUGGCUGCCAUCAUUGCCAUUGAAAAAGCAGUUGAGGAACAUUGGAACUGGUUAUGCGACUCGAAAUAGCCAGCCUCCACAAACAUAUCCACCAUUUUGGAGGCAAGAGUCUAGCGAUUUCCACCAAUACACACUCUUAUAUUUUCCUAAUAUACACGAGUUUAUGUAUUAUUACCUAAUAUAUAUAACUUUUUUUCACUUUGGAGAAGUCGAAAUUGACUACUCCAACUUGC